AUGCACAAGAUUUCCAACUUCACGGGCCAGGCCCGUCAUGGCUGGGAGCGAAUGACACCCACGUUCGGCAUGUCCAGACCUCACACCGACAUGGCUUCCCACUCUCUUCGACGGCCUCACGGCGCACCACCAAUGACUCCUCCUACGGGUAUCGAUCCCACCGUCAACUUGUCGCUCAAUGUGCCCUUCUCGUCUACUUUGAGUGGCCCUGAAGCGGAGGAUGUGCUCCACGCGAGUCCCGGUGCUCUGCAGCGCUGGUCCUUUCCUGAAGGCACCCCAGAGGGCACACCGGUCCAUAAACUGCCUGUUCACGCCAGCAACGUCGAAUCCCUCCGGAGAUUAUGUCGUCAGAUCACUGAGAGCAGUGGUGGGAGAAUGGAGGCCACAGUGACGUCCUCGGAGCCCAAGACGGUUCCUUCGUUACAACGACGACCCCAGGGCUUGGUGACUAACGUGUGCAUCACUGGUGAUGGAGAAAUGGUGCGCAAGAUGCGAGCCAGGAUCCUUAAUGAGACUCCUAUCUUAUUGCGAUGUGCGACCGUCGACGUGGAUAUGCAUCUCAUCAUGGAUGGAUCGACCAAGGGCAUUCGAAGCAGCGUGUUGGAGCAUUUGGAUACUUUGGCCGCCUACACUGGCACUGAUAUCUUUCUCUUGACUCCCAAGUUUCGGGAUACGGACAGUGCAGUGGUCUCGUCCUACGGCUACGCUUCUGACAAUGGUUUGGAUCACCGGUUUCGGGUGUCUAUCUAUGGAGACAUGGAGAGUGCCGAACAUGCCAAGACUAGGGUUUUGAUCAUGAUCGAUCAAAUUCUCAAACGUCACGUGGAUGCUAUGAAGUUGGAGUUGACUAUGCAUACCUUGGUCUGCGGUCGGACUCGCAAGAACAUCAAACUUAUCGAGGCAGCAACUGGCACGGCUAUCUAUUUCCCUCCGCCCUUCCCUCGAAUCUUUGGCUAUACCCCUCCAGGUGCUCAUCGUCGAAGUGAGGAUGAGGUCUACAUCACUGGUGACACCCAGGAACAAAUUGCCAGGGCUAAGCAAAAGCUGCGAGAGCUUGUUAUGGGUGUCAAGAUCUAUGUUAAGGAUGUUAUCGUCAACUCCAACAAGAUCGACAACGUCUUGCUUGAUCGUCUGGACAAGGUUCGGAAGGUUAUGGAGAUGAACGGGUCUUAUGUUCUUUUCCCUCAGCUUGGCAGUCAACGGGGUCUAGUUCGGAUCCAAGGCACCGAGGUGUUGCAUGUCGAGCGCACCGUUAGGGAAAUUAUGGCAUUGGCCGGUCAAUUCUACAGUGCGUCUUGGUGGAUUAUCAUGCCCGAUCCCUCUCAGGGUGGAUUCCGUGCUCCAUCUGCAGCUGAUGUUCGCACGAUGUUGUCCGAUAUCUGUACCAACUCUGGGGCUGAAGUCAGCUUCGACAACUUGACCUUUACCAUCAACGGAUCCGAUGAUGCCGUCAAGUCAGCAAUGAUGGUCAUCAACCAGAUACCCUUUGUCAAGCGAAGCCAAUACCAGAUGCGUGUGAAGAUUGAACUCGCCAACGAGCACAAGGAGUUUGUCAGUGGCAAGAAGAACGGCAAGAUCAACAAGAUCAUGGGCCAGAGCAAUGUGCAAAUCAUCUUCGAUGGUUUCAACGAGUACAACUUCUACAUUGAUGUCUGCGGUAACCAGUACGAGUCCACGAAGAAUGGACUCGAUCUUGUCGAACAAGAAAUGCCGGCUUCUAUCUCCUUCCACGUGCCUGAUCAGUACCACAAGCGGAUCAUCGGCAUUGGCGGCCAGCACAUCCAACGCAUUAUGAAGAAGUACUCUGUCUUCGUCAAGUUCUCCAAUGCAAUGGACCGUGGUGGUAUGGGCAAGGAAGACGAUGACAUCAAGGUUGAUAACGUCAUCUGUCGCACACCUGCACGCAAUGCUCAGAGUCUAGACCUCGUCAAGCAGGAGAUUAUGGACAUGGUCGAAAAAGUCGACGCUGAGUAUGUUUCGGAACGAGUUGUUAUCAACCGACUCUAUCACCGUGAACUGCUUGCUCGUAUCUCGGAAAUCGAUGAGCUUGAAAAGAAGUGGAACUGCAAGAUCGAGUUCCCUAGCACUGAACUUGCCAGUGAUGUCGUGGCAAUCUCGGGACCUGAGUACCAAGUUCCUCAGGCUGUAGAUGCCUUAUUGGGAAUGGUUCCGGAGAGCCAUGAGCUUCACUUCCAGAGCUCUGUUGAACUCCGAGAGUUUUUUAAGUCUACUGAUUUCCGCGAUGAUGUCUGUAUUAAGCUUAAGGAGCAGUACGAAGUCGACACUACGGUGGAUACAAGCGCGGACCUCCCCGCCCCUGCUGCCUCAGCCUCCGCCUCCGGUUCUGAUGCGGGAUCAGCUUCUCCGACCCCACCCCCUGAGGACCGUGUUGUGCUUGGAUACACGCGCAACAAUGCGGGCGGACUUAAGGAUGCCAUCGACUUCUUGAUCUCACGCCUUGUUGCUCACGGACUCGACGCGACCACGGUCAAGGGCGCAAUCCCGCGCCCGAAGUCUGACUCGUUCGAAGAGUCCCUGCCCUUCUUUGACUCGAAGUUGCUGCAGCAUGCCCCUGCACCCCUUGUGACGGAUUCUCCUACUCGACCCAACUUCUCUGAUGAAACCAGUGAGCGUGGAUCGAUCUUCGAAAGGCUCCGGAAGCCCGGAAGCAUCUCCUCAUUUUCCUCGUUCAUUGGCCGCAAGAAUCACUCUGCCUCUCCCGGAUCGUUUUUCAAGCACGCCUCCAGCAAUGCCUCCAAGGCCUCCCUGGUCUCCAUGGAGUCUCGGGACAGUGGUUACCGCAACCCAUGGAAUGAUUCCGGUGUGAAUCUCCCCGAGGACGAUGUGCCUGUCCUCGGUAGCUCCCACAGCCACAGCAGCAGCAAUGGCUGGCCAGCGCGCUUUGACACAAAGUUUCCAUUCGGUACUGCGCCCGGGGACAUGACUCCCAAGCAUGACCCGCGCGCAUCUUUUGACAGUGGUCGUCCUAGCACUUCAAAUUCUACUUCUGGAUACCCGGCCCCUAUUGGGCCACCGCGUUAA